AAGACCAGUUAGUGAUACUCCGGCAGUUGCCUAGUGAGGUGUUGAUAGUUAUAUAGUGGAUUUGAUUGACAUUUUCUCGUAAAUCUGUCUGUGUUAUAUUGACCCAAUAAUGAAUAUGCACUCGAUGAAUGAUCCCGCAUCGGUUUUAUCCGGCAUGAUGUCUUUUGACUCUAUCAGUUUGUAUGAGCAACCUAAACCUAGGUUUAUCUUCAAAAUGCCACGGGUAGUGCCAGAUCAGAAAGCGAAAUUUGAGUCUGAUGAAUUGUUCAGAAGAUUAAGCAGAGAAAGCGAAGUCCGGUAUACCGGUUACAGAGAUCGACCGCAGGAAGAACGCAUGGUCCGUUUUCAAAAUGCCUGCAGAGAAGGCCACACAGAAAUAGCUUUUGCUGCUACCGGUACCAAUCUUCAACUGGUUUUCGCACCCCCCACAUCGGGGUAUAUGGCAGAUAAAGAAUGCGACUUUGACAAAGAACCUGGAAAGGUCCACAUUAAAGCCACCUUCAUCAUGAACGGCGUUUGCGUCAGGUGGCGCGGUUGGAUUGACACCGAUCGUCUGGAUGGCGUCGGUUGCCUGGAAUAUAACGAGGAAAGAGCUGCACAAGAGGACGCCCUCCUGCGGGAACAGAUCGAACGUUACAACCAGCGACUGAGGGAAUUCGAAGACAAACAAAGGGGUUACCGACAAGACAGGCCUGAACAAGAUCUCGAGUUGAGAAUGUCCAACAAUAUUCAUGGUCAUCAUGCCCACCAUGGUGUGUCGUCCCGUUGCCAUGGACCACCAAGGGCUGAGAGAAGAAUGACUUAAUAUCAGUAAGUCUUACCACAACACAUGUGAUACAAUGUUAUUGUAAAUUAGGUUUAAAUUAUUUAUACAUAUAAGUAAGAGAAAAAUUGUUAAAAUAAGUGUAAUAUUUGUUUAUUAUGCAUUAAGAUAAUUUUGUUACAGAUUAAGAAGUACAAAGCAAAAGACGAUAUUCAAUAAAUUUAAGUUGAAUCAAUGAAAACAUAAAAGCAGUAAACUAUUAUUUAACAUAAUUUUUAAAGAAAAUCAUAUAAUAUUUGGUUAAUAAAAUAAACCGUUGGACAAAAUUAUGACAGCAAUGUAUAGUCAAUUUUUUUCUGCUUCUUGCUCUUAUUGCUUCAUGAACCGUUUUGACCGAAUUUAUCUUCCAUUAUGUAAAUGUGUCCGUACCAGCUUAGUUAGUUAUUCUCCUUCAAUGGUUCAAAUAUUACGAACUGCUACAAAUUGAAUAAGAGCGAAUCGCUUUAAAAAAUGGCAAUUCUUUUGAUUGGUACAUCGUUUUCUCCAUUGCCAUAGUCAUCAAACAGAUGGAUGUCCUUUAUUUCAAUCGAUUAAUCAUGAGAAUAAUAACUUUUAACUAAUUAACAGUACUUUUAUCAUCCAUAUUUUUCUAGAAAGUUUCAUAAGAUCAACGCUUUCUUAUCUGUGGAGUUCCCCUGUCGUCCUUAUGUAUUAUAAUGGUGUCCAAAAUAUUAUCAUUCUAUGUCUCAUAAUUUUUUGUAAUGCCAUCUUUUGCAAAUUUUCAGUUAAGGUUUUUUUAAUUAAAUUGUGUAAAUCAAAUUUAAUCUUUCAUUUCUAGUUUCCUAACUGCUAUUUAUUUUACUCUUUUGAUGCUUUUUUAAUGGCUUGAGAUUGCUUAGUUUUAGUUAAUCAAAAUCAAAAAUAUGAGUCAUAUGAAAUACAAAUGAGUCUUCUAAGGUAUUUUAAAAAUUGAAUUCAAAAAGUUUAAUAAAAUUAAUUUUUGGUUAAACAUUGUUUUUUAUUUUUAUUUUUAGGGGAGUGCAUAUAGAUUUUCACUUCGGGAAAAAAUCAAACAAGAUAGAACUUUUUGUAAUUUCAUUAAAAAAUGUUUAAUAAACAACAUAUCAAAAAAUUCUACUCGAGAAGUGGGUGCUUCAUUUUUUAUUAAACAAAUGAACUGCGAAAUUAGAUGUUUUUUUAAAUAACUCCGAAAAUAUAUAUUGUAGAAAAAAACUUACUAGACCGUUGAAAAAUUCAGAAAAUUUUACAACAAAAACCUUCUAUAAAGAUUUUUCUAAAAUUACUUAAAUCUGUAUCUUCUAUAAUUUUUUAUUUAUAACUCUAAAGUCACCCUUCUCACAAACAUUGGCGCACUGUAAACUAGCGUACGGCGAAGUGCACGGUUUAGUUAUUUUAAUGUAAUUCUUUAACUAAUGGAUCAAAUGAAAUUUUAAAAAUUGAACAUGAAAGAAGAAUAAUUAAACAAUCUAAUGGUUAUAAUAAAAAGAAAUAAAAUUCAUGGGCAUAAGUACGGUGUGGGCGGAAAGUGAACCUUACAUGAAUUUUGUUUAAAAAUGAUUUAAAAAUGUGUAACUAAUACAAUUUUUCUUAUAAAACCCUCAAUUCUGCACCUUUCAAGCAUCUUACUAAAUGAUGUUUCAUUCAAAAAAAAUCUCAAACAUUUAAUUCAAAUGAUAUGACGUCUAAAAAAAUGUAAUAUUUGAAAUUUUCGUAGUUUUAUACAAUUACCAAUAUUUUAAGACGGUAUUACUCAAGUUUGAACAGAUCUAUUACAGUUUUUGAAAAAAGCUCUUGAGGGUGAAACAGCUGGAAUAAAGGUAAAUGGAGUUUCCAUUAACAACAUUAGAUAUGCGGAUGACACUGUCAUCUUAGCUGAAAAUAUUGGGGAUCUUCAGAGGCUGGUGACCAGAAUAGCAGAGUUUGGACAAGAAUAUGGGCUAACAAUGAAUGUCAAGAAGACAAAGUUUAUGAGGAUAUCGAAAACUCAAAGAAAUAACGAAAAUCUCAUCAUAAACGGAUCCAAUAUCGAACGAGUCGAUAAAUAUGCAUACCUUGGAACAAUGAUCAACUCCACAGGAGAUUACUUACAGGAAAUCAAAAUCAGAAUAGAAAAGGCUAGAGCAAAUUUUAACAAAAUGAGGAAAGUGCUCUGCACAAGAGAUUUGAAGUUGGAGCUAAGAGUUAGAUUGGCUAGGUGCUACGUUUUCUCGACUUUGUUUUAUGGAAUGGAAGCUUGGACCUUGAAUGCUGCAUCAAUGAAAAAACUAGAAUCAUUCGAGCUGUGGGUGUACAGAAGAAUUCUGAAAAUAUCGUGGACAGAACACGUUACAAACAAAGAGGUUCUGAGAAAGAUGAAUAAAGAAAUGGAAAUCCUAAAUACCAUCAAAACAAGAAAAUUGGAAUAUCUCGGACAUAUUACACGUGGAGAGAGGUACAGCUUGCUCCAAUUGAUUAUGCAGGGAAAGAUUCAAGGAAAGAGAAGCAUAGGAAGACGCAGAAUAUCGUGGCUGCGCAACCUGAGAGAGUGGUACGGAUGUACAUCAAAUGAACUUUUCAGAGCAGCCAUCUCUAAAAUACGAAUAGCUAUGAUGAUUGCCGACCUCCGCCGCGGAGAUGGCACUUAAAGAAGAAGAAGAUUACAGUUUUAUAAGUGCUUUUUUAAAUUUUAGGAUGUAAUAUUUAAAAUGCACUAAAUUAUUUUACUUUAGAAAUGAAAUAAACUAUUUCUUUUUGAGAAAAUUAAGAAAGAUAACAAAAAUGUAAUACAAAAACCGUAAAUUACCAGCUAAAAAAAAGGUUUAUACAAAGUGAUCAAAACUUUUUUCUGUAAAACUUACCUAAAAUACAUUUAAUAAUAAGCUUUAACAAUAAUAAAUGUUCUGCAAAAAAAUUUUUUUUAAGCUUUUAUACAGUAUGUCUACGUAACUUGGAACCUAUUGAUAACUUUUUUAUUAUCAGUUUACGAAAAAAAGAUAUUCUUUAUAAAAUACUCUGCAUCGUAUAUAAUCUAUGAUGCAACCAUCAAAUAUCAACUUUUAUUAAUUUUAUACGAGGUAUGUCAAAAAAUAUGAAUUUCACUCAAGAGUAAAGUACCGUUACAUUUCACAAUAUCGAAAAUUGUUAUUAAGAAAAGUUGUUUGGAAUUAAAAAAUUUGUUUUAGUGUUCAAUUACAUCCUUCUAAUUAAAAUAUUGUGAAUAAUAAAGGCACUUACUCUUAAGAAAAAUCAUAUUUUUUACUUACCUCGUAUAAAAUUAAAAAAGUUUGAUAUCUGAUGGUUUUAUCUUAAAUUUUAGACCAGGGAGAGCAUUUUAUGAAUAAUAACUUUUUUUCGUAAAAGUGAUAAUAAAAUAGUUAUCAUAAUUGUAAUAAAAUGAUGAUAAGUAUCGUAAUUUGAGAAAAAAUUCAAAUUUUUUUUCGAUUAGAAUGAUGUAAUUGUAGAUUAAAACAUAGUUUUUAAUUUCAAACAACUUUUCAUAAUAGCAUUUUUUGAUAUUCUGGAAUAUGAAGGUACUUUACUCUUUAACGAAAUUUAUAUUUUUGACAUAACUCGUAUAAAAUUGAUAAAAUUUGAUAUAUGACGGUUGAGUUUUAAAUUUUUGACUAUUCAGAGCAUUUUAUAAAGAAUAACUUUUUUUCGUAACAUUGAUAAUAAAAAAGUUUUGCAUGUGGUUCCUAGCUACGCAGACAUACUGUAUAAGAGCUUCUGUAUAAGAAUUUUUAAAUUGUAAUGCCAUAUUCGGAUUCAGCAUAGUCAAAAACAAAAUAGAAACAUAUUUGAUCAAAAUAAAAUGAUGAAUUCAACGAUAUUUUUAAAAUUAUUUAUACAAAACAAUUGAUAUUGUUUAAACAAUUAAUAAACAAUUAGCGGCCAAAUCUGCGAGUAGAACUUUUUACUUUAACAUGUAUAUAAACUAACAAAAAAAGUUUUAGAAAAAUAUAAGCUUGUUUGAAUUUUUCCGAAACAAUGCAUGUUUUCGUUCUAAUUGCACUCCCCUAUUUUAUUGAUAUGUAAAAUAUCUAUGUAGAAUAAUCUAGAAAUAACAAAAAUAAAAAAAUUAGGAUUUGUGAGUGUAAACAUGUCUUAGUAGUAAUAGAAAAAAAUAUAACAACUUCCGUCUCUAUCCUAGUCUCCGUAUCAAUGUAGAUAAUCGUCCUUGUAUUUUGUAAAAUAUUAAAUGAGUAAUAAAAUAAACGUUAAGUAUAA